UUAUUGACCCCGUCUUCGUGCACUUUCCCCCAAAUGCAAGUGCCAUACAUCAUCAGAUCAAAGACGCUAGGAAGUCGAGUAUAAAAACCCUCGACUUGCUUACCUCACAAUACCAGUUGUGCCAUUGCCAUUCAACAAGAAUCACUACUCCGCCAUGAAGUUCGUUAUUCUCGUCGCAAUGAUCGCCGUUGUUGCUGCCAACAAUGCUUACAAGGCAGCACCACCAGCAUACGAAACCCCCGUCACCUACCCCCCUAGACCAUACAGCUUCAAUUAUGACGUCAAGGAUAAGGAAUCCUAUGCCGAUUUCGUCCAUUCAGAGAGCAGCGACACCAAAGUGACCACCGGUUCUUACCGUGUCGAACUUCCCGACGGCCGCACCCAGAUCGUCUCAUACAGAGCCGACGAAAAUGGAUACACCGCCGAUGUGACAUACGAAGGAGAGGCCCAGUAUCCGGAAUACAAGGAACCAGAGGCCAAAGCAGCUCCGGCAGCGUACGCUCCUGAAUACUAGCCGAAUCUCGUUUUCAAAAUUUCAAUCUCACAUUAAUAAA